ACGUCAGUCGCCAUAUUGUUUGGAAAAAUUGUCUAUGGUUAAGUGUGUUUGCAGUUUGUUUCUGUUGUUUUCGGUGUAAUAUAUCCAUAUUAAUCCAGUGUUAAUUACUAUCGAUUUAAAAAUUACGACCUAAACGUAUUAGAAUAUCAUUUAUCAUGUCCAUCGGUGUGCCUAUUAAAGUACUUCACGAAGCUGAAGGCCAUGUAGUGACCUGUGAAACAAACACCGGCGAAGUAUACCGCGGGAAGCUGAUAGAAGCCGAGGAUAACAUGAAUUGCCAGAUGACUCUGGUGACGGUGACGUAUCGCGACGGCCGGGUUGCGCAACUGGAAAAUGUUUACAUUCGAGGCUCCAAGAUCAGGUUCCUGAUAUUGCCUGACAUGUUGAAGAACGCGCCAAUGUUCAAACGGCAGGGCAAUAAGCCGACUGCCGGUCGCGGCAAAAGUGCAAUACUACGGGCUCAGGGUGAGUGUAACAGAUGA